AUGUGUUUCGUCGAACAAAUGGACCCCAAAGCAAGCAAUGAGACAGAUGUGUUGGGCCGAGACAUGCUCAUUCCAAUAGGUUUUAACGUGGAGAAAGAGAGACAACUAGCAGAUCAUUUGGACACCAAAAUUAGUUCUCGGGAAGCGACGAAGUUCCCAAACCUUGCGGGUAUCACAAUUGCGAUCAAAGUUCCUGGAAACUUUCGUACAAUUCAUUAUAUAAAACAGCACUAUGAAAGGAUUAGGUAUCGCGGAAAUGUAGGCCAAAGCACGAGCAUGUUUCCGGCCCCAACAAUGCUAAUUUUCGACAGGCCCAAGGAAAGAUGUCUUACCAUUGGUUUCAUGUUGGCUUCUAGCAGGUUUCUUACCCCUGAUAAACUCCUAGACAUGGUGAUGAUCUCCUACAUUUUGGGCACCAAAUCUCUGGCAACAGUACAUUCUUCUUCUCUUCCCCUUGGAGACUUGAAGCGCUCCCAUCCUCUCUUGCGCUGCGACCCGAAAAGUCACUUCCGCGAUUAUCCACAGAAAGCCCAAGGACUGCUCACAGUCUGCGGGUUUCCGGCAUUCAUGAGGUGCAGCAGUAUUGGCCAUCUUUUCGACUUCAGGAGAUAUCAAUGGAAGAAAGCACCUCAGGGCUUUGCUCAGUCACCAAUGGGCUCUUCCCCUGAAUUUCCAUUUACCUCUCCAAUCGUAUUAGCCUUUGUAACUUUGAAAUCAGAGGAUAACAAGCACUCAUCUUUCUAUACCAGGUUUUGUUGUUGUCCACAGCGCGAUGAAAGAAGCGUUAUGGGCUACCUUCUGAUCCUUCUUCUUCUCUAA